UGUACUAAAUUAACAGUAUCAGUUGGUAAGCUGCAUGCAGAACACACUAUAUAAAUUACGUUGACUUCAACAUAAAUUUGAAGAGCUAAACAAAGCUAUUCGCCUGGUCAGAUAAUUGGACCGGCCAGCUUAUAUAAUUCAAAUACCGGAUGACUCUAUAUAGCAGAUCUGUGCAACGUCUGCUUGACAGCUGGCCUGGUAAGCAGCGCUUUGGCAUCUACCGCUUUCUGCCGAUAUUCUUUGUUCUGGGCGCGGCGCUGGAGUACUCCAUGAUCAACUGGACUGUGGGCGAGACGAAUUUCUAUCGCACUUUCAAGCGCAGGCAGGCGAAAAACUACGUGGAGGAUCAAUUGCAACAGCAGCAGCAUCAACUACAGGAAUCGAUUUAAUCAUGCCCGCCGGAGU